AUGGCUCUGAUAGCUGCACUAAAACGGCUGAUUUCCGCUCCGAAAGCGACACGACAGCUAAAGUUCACGCCACACCAAGUUUCCAGAAUGGCCGAGUAUCAGAAAUGGACUCGAGCGGACCUCAUCAAUCGCAUUUUCGAGCUGGAGGGCAAGGACCCUAGUACCGCCCAGGGAGCCGUGCCAGACCCGCCGGUCAAGGCCUCCAAGGCCAAGCGAAACGAGAGCUACGACAUUAGUCGGCACCCCGUUCGAAAAAUCGCGAUCCGCUUUUCCUAUCUCGGCUGGAAUUAUGGAGGUUUGGCUGUCCAGCAUGAAGACACCCCUCUGCCCACUAUCGAAGGAACCAUUCUGUCUGCCAUGCAACGGUGCAGACUGAUCCCCGAGUCGGCCAGUCUAUUCGAUCUCGACUUUAGCAGAUGCGGAAGGACAGACCGAGGCGUGUCCGCCUUCUCUCAGGUCAUUGCUCUUAAGGUGCGAUCCAAGCUGUCUCCCGAGGAGCAGCAGGACGCCGCUAACGACAACAAGGAGCUCAACUACAUUCACAUUCUAAACCAGCUGCUGCCACCAGAUAUCCGAAUCUACUCUGUGGCUCUCAGACUGCCCGAGGGAUUCGACUCCAGAUUCUCUUGUGAAUACCGGCACUAUAGAUACUUUUUCCACAAGGGCGAUCUGGACAUUGAUCUAAUGAGACAGGCUGCCAAACUGUACCUGGGUGAACACGACUACAGAAACUUCUGCAAGGUGGAUGGAUCCAAGCAGUUGGCACACCACAACCGAGUCAUGUUAGAGGCCGAGAUCGAGCAGCUCUCGGACGACAUCUACUACUUCAACCUCAAGGGACGAGCCUUCCUGUGGCACCAGGUUCGAUGCAUGAUGGCUAUUCUCUUCCUGGUGGGCCAGAAACUCGAGAAACCAAGCGUGAUAACCGAUCUGCUGAACCCCGAAAAGUAUCCUGGACGCCCCGUGUACGACAUGGCUCACGAUGUUCCUCUGGUUCUUUAUGACUGUACAUUCAAGGAGCCCAUCGAAUGGAUCACUCCCAACGCCAUGCCCCAGGAGCGAAUGGAAAACUCCAAUUUCAAGCACUGGCACGACGUCAUGCUCCAGAGCACCCUCAGUCUAGCUAUGAUGAAGCACAUUGCUGAGCGAACUGGAAGCGAACGGACUUUCCCCCGUGCUGAAGACGGCGACAGCGACAGAGUGGCGGUGGUCAACGGCUCUGGAAGCUUCUCUCGGAAGAUCCCCUACGUUCCCAUCAGUAAGCGAAAGAUGCUUGACACUCCCGAUGUGACUAAUGAAAAGUGGAGAAAGCGAAAGGAGGCUACACAAUAA